CAGGCCAACUCUUGACUUUGAUUCGAUCUCGAUAUUCGAUCUCGAUUCGAUCUCGACAAAAUCUGAUAUUGAUCACAAAACGGUACUCUUGAGCCGAAUCGAAUCGAAAUCGAGAUCGAGUUGAAAUCAACCUAAGAUGGCGAUCCGUUAACCAUUUCCGGGUGAUGACGUAAUCUACAUCGAAUGAAAGGUUCUUUAUAGUGACACUACUAUCUAAAAUUUUAAAUUUACAAUGACUUCUUUUCUUCCAAAAACACAUAUAUUUUGUAAUGUUUCUGUAAAUAUAAGCUAUUUUACAUCAAAUAAGGGCACAAUAACUAGUGAAACGUUACUAAUUUUCGAUCAAACUAAAGAAUUUUAUUGGAUUAAUAAAUACCUUUGCACAAUUUUUAAAAAAGAACUUUGACAGUGACACUUCAUAGAAAAAGGGGCGCGCGUUUAUAAAAAAUUUUAGUAAAAACAGAAAACUUUCAAGUGCUUGGAAUGUUUGAAAAAAUGUUUAAGUGGUUUUGUGUUGCCUUUUUAACAGAAUUUAUGUUAUUUAUUGAUAUGGGUUUUAUAAGUAAGUCGAAGAGUGAGCUUCGUUUGUUCACACGUCUAAUAUUUUUACUUCAUCUGUUAUAUUUCCUUUAAUACGCUAUCAAAACUUUUUGAACAUGAGUCAGAAUGCAAGGCCUACAUAUCCCCAGUUGGAAGCUUUGGUGAAUUUUUUGGAGGAAAAUCCAGGAAUAGCUAAAGGUCAUCUGCGUUCCGCUCAAGCAAAGUGGGAGACUAAAAGAAAAUGGGAAGAAAUUACCAUUACGCUAAAUGCUAUGGGAGGGACGCAAAAAGAUGCCAAAGGUUGGACAAAGUUUUGGACUGACAAAAAAUAUGCCCUAAAGAAAGUUUUAGGGCAGCGUAAUGCAGAUGCCAACCGAACCGGAGGUGGUAGAUCUGCCAACUUACCUCCACUCACAUGUAUAGAGGAGAGAAUGGUGGCUAUUCUUGGUGGCAGGGGUUUUGCAGAAGGGGACUCUCAGUUUAGUGUUCCAAUACUACCAUCUCAGGACCAACCAUCAACCAGCCAGCCAUUGCCAGCCAGUGUAACAUCAACACCACUAGGACAACAGGAAGAUUCUAUUGUCUUACCUCUACCGGGAACUCCAGCCCACUCUCCACCUUUAGCCUCUAUGCAAUCUACCCCGAGAAGAAGCCCUCGAAUUCGAGCCAGGUUGAGUCGUCAAGCUGCCAGAACAACAGGAGAGCGAGGUAGGCGAUCUCAACUUCAAGUUGAAAGAGAUCGCCUUGUUUCCAUUGAAGAGAAGCGGGUGGAGGCAGAGCUUCUUCAGGCUAGAGCAUUGCAAGAGAAUAUGGCUGGACUUGCUGCAGCUUGCAAUAAUAUAGCUGAAGCCAUAUCAAUAUUUGGGGAAAGACUGGUUAAUGUUGUAGAAACUUUUAUGCAAUCACAUUAAAGUUUCUACAAUUAAACGUAAAAGUAAAGUAGUUUUUGGAUUUAUGGAUAUGGAUGGUAUUGCUGUUUAUUUGUUGUUUUUCUUUUUUAUUCCAUGUUAUAACUAGUAGAUUACAUUAGUAUUAUUUGACAAAUACCAAUGUUAACAGAAAUACUUUGUAAUGUGUACCAUAUUUUUAAGUGUUACAAUUAUGUUUACUUAAUAAUUUUUGCAAUUAAAUUAAUAGCAUAGAGUAGUAGUGGUAGUAUAAAUGUAUAAAAUAAAACAAUAUUAAUAUGAUAUAUCUUUAUUAAUUUGUUCGUCUCCUUGUCCACAACAUAUUCACUAUACGUUGCCGGGCUUCAACUCCUCUGCGCAGUUCCAGCGUGGC